AUGGAGGAAAUAAUUAAAUUUUUAAAAAGCCUUCUCGUCUUUUGUUUCUUUUUUUUGUGUGGCCAUAAAAUUGGUUUUGGAUUAAUUAGUGAAGUUUGUCCUUUACAUACAGUUGCUUGUAGAAUUCGAAUUGAGAAAGAUGCCGUCUCCUUUUAUGAAUAUUCUCGUCUUUAUGACCGUAACCAGUUUGUUUGUGUACUUAAAGGGGAAUUUGGGGAACAAAAAGGGUCUGGAUGUGCUAGAAAACGUUCCGGGCAUAUUCGUUGUUGGUGUUUUGGCCGAUCAAAUUGUAAUACUCCAGAAAAUUCAAAAUUGCUUUAUUUAACGUUUAUUGGAGGGAAUGAGGAAAAAUUUAAGAAGGCUGUUGAAAGUGUAGAUUUUGUUGAUUUGAAUAAUGAAGAAGGGGAAGAGGAAAAAGAAGAAGAAAAAUUUUUAAAAAAUAAAAAUUGGGAGAAAAUAAAUAUAACAACAACUUUGAGUAGUGCUGUAAUUAGAGAGGAUGAAGAAUUGUUAAAUGGAAAUAUUAAAAUAUUAAAUAAUGGUCAAGAGGAGGAGGGAGGAGGGAAAAUAUUAAAAUUAGAAAAUGUCCUUUACGAAACUUCCGAUAUUAAAAAAGCAAUGGGAGCCAAAACUGUCCACCUUUCAGAACAAUUUGUUGAUGAUUCUUUUACUAAAUCUACUCAAAAAUUGACUACAUUAAUAAGCACAAUUCCAAUAAAUACAAAAGAAACAACAGCAACAACACAAAAAUCAACUACAAUUCCAAACACAAUUCCACUAACAACAACAACACCUAAAUUACCUGCAAAAUCUUUUUUAAAUCCCAGCACCGUUAAAAGUAUUUAUGACAGCCAAAAUAGAGUCCAUGUAAUUCAUGUAAGUGGACGUGAUCGUUAUGAUAAUUUGCCUGUUGAACAAUUGCUGGGAAGUCCGGCAUUGAGAAGAAUAAUGGAAGAAGAAAGGGAAAAAUUAAAAAAUAAAGUUGAAGAUAAUUCGGCAGAGGAAGAAGAGGAGGAGGGGGAAGGGGAUAAUUUGGAUGAAGAUGAAGAAUUGGAGGAAGAUUGGGAAUUUGAAAAGAAUAAUGGAGAAGAAGAUGAGGAGGAUUUAUUUAAAAGAACAAUAAAUAAUAAAACAAAAAUUACAGAACGUAGAAGCUCUUCUUUAAGUAAAACAAAAAUUUCACAAAAUUCACCAAAAAAUUUAUUAAAAACUCAAAUGGAACAACGACAACGUUCUUCUAAUAAUAAUAAAAUAUCUUCAUUAGAAGAAGACAAAGAAUCUGAAGAAGAAGAGGAAUUAAAAGAUUUGACUGAUGAAUAUUUUGAUAGCGCUUUCUUUUCGCCCUCAAAAACUUCUGGUUGCUUUGAUAAUUGUGGAAAGAAUUAUAUUUUAAAGAAAAUAAUUAUUUUAAUUAUAUUUAUUUUUUAUUUCUGA